CAGCUAGCAUUAUAAAAGCUCUGGACUGCAAGCUCACAGGUGUCUCCCCAAGAAGAGAAGGCUGCCAUGGAGCCAGUCCUGGUGCUGGUGUUCACUGUCUCCUGUCUGCUUCUCCUCUCACUCUGGAGACAGAGCUCUGGGAGAGGGAAGCUCCCUCCUGGCCCCACCCCUCUCCCGGUUAUUGGAAACAUCCUGCAGAUGGAUGUGAAGGACAUCAGCAAAUCUUUAAACAAAUUCUCAAAAAUCUAUGGCCCUGUGUUCACUGUGUACUUGGGCAGGAAGCCCACUGUGGUGUUGCAUGGGUAUGAAGCAGUGAAGGAAGCUCUGAUUGAUCAUGGGGAGGAGUUUGCUGGAAGAGGAAGCUUCCCAGUAGCUGAAAAAGUAAACAAAGGCCUUGGAAUCAUUUUCAGCAAUGGGUUGAAAUGGAAGGAGAUCCGGAGAUUCUCCAUCAUGACCCUGCGGAAUUUUGGGAUGGGGAAAAGGAGCAUUGAGGACCGUGUUCAAGAGGAAGCACGGUGCCUUGUGGAGGAGCUGAGGAAAACCAAAGGCUCACCCUGUGAUCCCACCUUCAUCCUGGGCUGUGCUCCCUGCAAUGUGAUCUGCUCCAUUAUUUUCCAGAAUCGUUUUGAUUAUAAAGAUCAGGAAUUUCUUAACUUGAUGGAAAAAUUUAAUGAAAACCUCAGACUCUUGAGCACUCCAUGGAUACAGGUCUGCAAUACUUUCCCUGCUAUAAUUGAUUAUUUACCUGGAAGUCAUAACCAAGUACUUAGAAAUUUUUUCUAUAUAAAAAAUUAUGUUUUGGAGAAAGUAAAGGAACACCAAAAAACACUGGACAAGGACAAUCCUCGGGACUUCAUUGAUUGUUUCUUGAUCAAAAUGGAACAGGAAAAGCACAAUCCGAAGUCUGAGUUUACCACAGAAAGCUUGGUGGCGACUGUCACUGACAUGUUUGGAGCUGGAACAGAAACAACAAGUACCACUCUGAGGUAUGGACUCCUGCUGCUGCUGAAGCAUGUGGACAUCACAGCCAAAGUCCAGGAAGAGAUUGAUCGUGUGGUUGGCAGAAACAGGAGCCCCUGCAUGCAGGACAGGAGCCACAUGCCCUACACAGAUGCUGUAGUGCAUGAGAUUCAGAGGUACAUUGACCUCAUCCCCAUGAACCUGCCUCACUCAGUGACCUGUGAUGUUAAAUUCAGAAACUACUUCAUUCCCAAGGGUACCACUGUAAUAACAUCACUGACGUCCAUGCUGCAUGAUGACAAAGAAUUUCCUAAUCCAGAGAAGUUUGACCCUGGCCACUUUCUGGAUGAGAGUGGUCACUUUAAGAAGAGUGACUACUUUGUGCCCUUCUCAACAGGAAAGCGGAUGUGUGCAGGAGAAGGCCUGGCCCGAAUGGAGCUGUUUGUGUUCUUCACCACCAUUUUACAGAACUUUAACCUGAAGACUCUGGUUGAUGGAAAGGACAUUGAUACCACACCAGUUACCAAUGGAUUUGGCCACGUGCCCCCUUUGUACCAGGCUCGUUUUAUUCCUGUGUAAAGGGCAGACUCUAUAUUCUCAAUCUGCAUCUUCUCUUCUUUGAGGGUACUGUUCGUUUCAUUCCUGGUACUGUGGUUGCUUUCUCUCACAUUUCCCCAUUCCCUUGAAAUCCAAUGAACAGCAAACCUCAUUAAAGAGUUCUCUGAGUCAGUACAUAGUUUAACCCUUUUGUCCCCUGUAUUUUGUGACACUCCCAUGUAAUACUUACAUAGUAAGUGCUAAUGUUUACAUGAUUCAGUUACUACUAACACUAUGUUUUUACUGUUAAACAG